CUAUUUUUUUCUUUCCAAUUCCAACCACCGGAAAUUUCAAAAUGCCUUUCAAGCGUUACGUCGAGAUUGGGAGAGUUCCUCUGGUUAACUGCGGAGAAUGUUACGGUAAACUUGUAGUCAUUGUUGAUGUCAUCGACCAAAACAGGGCGGGUAGCUCCAAACAUGAAUGGAGCGUCAAGAGAAGAGCAGACAGCAGCCACUUGCUUGCAUCCUCUCAGGUACUUGUUGAUGCUCCUGAUAUGGUGAGAAGCCAAAUGAGCUUCAAGAGGCUCUCGUUAACAGACAUCAAGAUUGACAUUGGCAGAAUCCCCAAGAAGAAGGUUUUGAUUGGCGCCAUGGAGGCUGCAGAGCUUUUGAAUGUGGCAGACGGGUAA